CCGUCAGUCGUCGUUUGUGGUCCGUUCGGGAAAUAUCGCGCGGCUUUCCUUGGCGGAGGUGGUUCAGGAUAAAUGUAAAGAGGUUGUUUUUUUGGAAGGCGGUGGUGAAGAAGGGGGUUUGUUUGGAGGUGCCAUUUGGGUCUUCGCGGUAGUGUGGUGGAUUGGUGAUGGUUUUUUCUUCUCUUCGGCAAUGAAUUCUCGGGGUCGGAAUUUAAAAACCGGUGAGAUCGUUCACGCGUUUGCGAGAGACAGAGCGGAGAGGAUGUGAUGUGGGUAAAGGAUGCUCCUACUAUAUGGUGAUAAAUAUUAAAACGUAAACAUAAAUAAGGUGAAAAAGGAUUACUCGGCCGUUAGUCGCGUGCGGGACGUGAUCUUGGAAGGAUAAUUGGUGCUAUCCGGUUAAUAUAGUACUGUGUAAUGCGUUUGGAUUAUAGCACGAAUCAAUGUUAUAUGUGUAAUCAGAAUUGUGAUGUGUUACUAAUUAGCAAAUACUACGAUUUGUGUGCAUAUUUUGGAUUACAGUAAAAUAAAUUUAUUUCAAUUUUCUGUGUAAGCGAGAAGAGUAUAUAAUAUGCUGAUAGGAAGUUAAAUUUCAACGGGAAUAUAAAUAUUUCUCUUGAUAGUACCAAACGAGAUUGCAAAGUUUUCAACCGACCGAGUGUUUUUAGUCAACAUAACCUCAUAAUGCGAAAGCAAACGAGGGAAAAUGUUUAAUUACAAGCGAAAGUGAAGUCAGAGAUAUGGAUGUUUGCGUUUCAAAUUUUCCAUUUUGCCCCGAGUGGAUGUAAAUGGUGAAAAGUUGGUUCGUUUCCAUUUCGAAUAUUGCUGUGGUUUUCGCGCGGAGCAGCAGCGGUUGGUGGUUGGAGAUUCCAAAAGAAUAAUAACGUUCUCUGUGUGGAUUGUGGAUUGCCUCCGGGAAUUUUUUAAGGAGGCGGAUAGGGCCAUGAACUGUGCUGUGGGUGCCCGACUGAUGGAACGUUUUUAAUCAAGAAGCGACCAUGCCGAGGAUAACUGGAAUACUGUUAACGACUCUGCUGGUCUGGAGUUUGGGCCUGGCGAGCACUAAUAAUCAUCAAUUAUCAUCGUCCAUACCGCCUGGUGGGUUGGACGCGGGUAACCAAGGAUUCGCCGGAAACAGCAGAGUCAGUAGCAGUAGUAGUAGUGGUAGUAGUAGCAGCAGCCGCAACAACAGCAGCAGUAACAGAACAAACCCCACACGAAGUCAAAGCUGGCGGCAGCAACAUGUAGCCGGAGCGGGAAAAUUAAUAGACAAUAAACUACGGGACAAACUACUUUCUUUCGCCGGCUCCAGUGGCUUUGGGCUCCGGAGGACCAAACGGGAGGAUGUGCUUAGUGCAGAUAAGAUAAAUAAUUAUUACGGUAAGAGGAUUGGUGACGGGGAUGACAUCCCACGCAUCACCGAGGUGGUGUUGCCUAUCAGAAAUUUGACGGAGGAGCGGAUUCGGGAGGAGAACGAGCUGCUCGAGCAUCUGAAUCGGGAACGCUUCCCGGAUCUCAGCACUCUCAGCUCGUCGGCAAUGGAUGGCACCAGAAAGAAUCAUCCGGGCACCGGUAAAAAGGGUCGCCGAAGAAAAGGACACAAGAAAAAGAAAAUCAAACGGCUGAAACCGCUCGCCGCUCCCCACCGGACCCGAACCGGAGGUGAAAGUACCGAGGAGAUAAAUUCUUCGCUAACCAGCGUAACCAAAUUAUCAUUAAACGAAUCUGAGCAACAGAACCAGAAGCCAGGGCGGAAAAAGCACAAACAGAAACUGUCGGGAGACAAGCCAACUUCGCAAACGAGUUUACCGGCUGCCGAGGAGGCGAAACUUUUCUUCAAGAGGCCGGAAGUGGGUGCAGGCAAAGGACAAAACUCGUCGGAUAAAAGCUCCGUAGGGCGAGGCGGAUAUUGGGAUAACAGGGCCGGUCGAGAACUCAUCGUAUUAAAUAGCGAUGAUAUUUACGAUAAAAAUAUGCAAAUUGAAGUUCAAAGAGAAGCGGUGGGUGGAGCGGUUGAGUCUAUAUAUUUACCUGACGCGAUUGGCAGUCGGUGGAGGCAAACACAGCCGGAGCAGCAGCUGGAAAGGCCUAAUCAAAAAGAUCUUGCCAGUAAAUUGACAUCGGCAAAACGGGAGGAAAUGCGAAAACAGCGCCAGAUGAAAGUGGAACAGCAGAAGAAUCAAUUGAGAAAGUUGAAGAAAGGGAACCCAUUGCUGGCCCCGGUUUCGACUCUAGUGCUGCAGCAACUUCCGCCCGCUCCGAUUACCGAUCCCAGUCCGGGUGUAAGCUCGGUCACGUUCAGCUCGGACGACAUGCACCGAACGGAAGCGGUGUCACUUCAGCGUAUCAUCAUCGCCGGGGAUCUUUCCUGUAUGAAAAAUGACUUUAUCCCUGCACCGGCCGUGCCGAAUGCGGAUAUCAAGUACUUGAGAAACGACCUGUACGGACUGGAGCACUCUUUCCUGGAAGCGGAAUACCACUGUCGCCAGGGUUACGAGCGGCGCCUUUCCGCCGCUCGGAGCGGAAACAACUCGAACCUAAUCUGCCGGAAAUCCCGCUGGAUUGGUAAACGGCCGGUCUGUGUGCGGACUAAACCAGCCUCGGUGGCAUCGUUCUGGGUUAGUAGUAGUAGUAGUAGCAGCAGGAGCAGCGGCAGCAACAGCGGCACCGAGGAUGCAAUCUGGAUGGCCAGCCAAACCGCAUCAUCCCGACCGGGGGGCCAAAACAGUGACAAUAAGUUAUGUGGAAAGCAGCAUAAUUGCCAGCAAGCGUGCCACAGAACGGAAAAUGCGACCCGGGUGUGCUCCUGCUUCAAGGGAUUCAAGAUGGUUGAUGGGCGGUGCGUUGAUAUCAACGAGUGCACCGAGUACGGCGAAGACGUGUGUGAAUACGGAUGCUCCAACACGGUCGGCUCGUUUAAUUGCAAAUGCCCGAAGGGAUUGCGUGUUACUGACAAUAAUAAAUGCAUGGAUGUAAACGAAUGUCUUCUGCGUAACGGCCACGGUCCUUGCCAGGAUGUAUGUAUCAACACAUGGAGCGGCUAUCGUUGCAGUUGUGCUGGACUACCAGGAACUCGCCUGUCCCAGGAUGGCCACAGUUGUGAGGACAUCGAUGAAUGCACGGUUAACAAUGGCGGUUGCUCCCAUACCUGCCUUAACACGCUCGGACGGGCAUUCUGUGUUUGCCCCGAAGGAUUCAUGCUGGACGAUGACUGGAAGACUUGCAUCGACAUUGACGAAUGUUCGAAUCAGAAAUCGAUUAGGCAGGAAUUUCGGUGCCAUGGAAGCUGCAUCAACACAAUCGGUUCCUAUCGGUGCCUCACGGAGGACGACGAGGAAGAUCCGAAUGGGUUGCAUCUGAGCGAUGGAGUGGCUCGCGGUGGACUGAUGGGUGACCAGCUGCUGACUAAGCAAUCGGACGAGCUGGACGAUGAAAGUGAUGACACGAUGUGCCCUUCCGGCUACUAUUUCAACACGACAAUGGGAGACUGUCAAGACACGAACGAGUGCAACAGCGGAAACGGUGGCUGCCAGCAUCAUUGCAUUAACAGUGACGGUAGCUUCUAUUGUUCCUGCAAGUACGGCUUCAAGCUCGAAGCAGACAAGCACAGCUGUUUGGUGCUAAACGAUUCCCUGAAGCUGGCCGAUGUGGCCUGUCCGCCGUUGUUUCCACCGAUGCAUGGCUAUCUGGAGUGCAGCCGACCGAUUGACGAGAUCUCCGAUGGACCGAAUGGAGGCCGGCUGAAGAUCAUCAACCGGCCGGGGAGCCAGUGUUUUCUAAAGUGCCCGACCGGGUACCGGUUGGAGGGGAAAUUUUCGAAGAUUUGCGGAACCGCCGGCGAAUGGAUUGGCGAUGAGAGCGGAAGUUGCAUACGAUAUCCGCAACCCAGGCUGACCUGUCCCACCAGUGUAAACGUGGAACUGCACCCAAACGAAACGGACGCAACGACGGUGAAGCUGCGACGACCAAAAACCGAUGUCAGCUGGGACCGUGACAUUGUGGCCGAACCGUACUGGGCGAAGAAGGAUGUCCUCCAGCUGCCGCUCGGGUCCAUCAACAUCAGCUACUCGGCCAAACACCCGGUUUCCAAGCUGACCACUAGCUGCACGUUUGCCGUGAAUGUGAUAGCUGGUCGACCUCCGACGGUGGAUUUCUGUCCGGACACUCAGAUUUACACAAUCGAGGGACACCACCAGAGCGUGAAGGCUACGUGGGAGGAACCUAUAUUCUCGGACAACGUCGGUGUCGUGACCAUCACAAAGUCCAACAGCCCCGGUACGGACUUUGGCGCCGGCAGUCAUCUCAUAACCUACGAAGCCCAUGAUGAGGCCGAGUGGAGCUCCAAGUGUGUCUUCAAAAUCGUGGUCAACGUGAGCAAACAGAAGGACAUCCAGCAUUUCCAGCUUCCGAUCCUGUACAAUCGGUUUUACUUUUAAUUGUGGUGCACCACUUUUCCGCACUUGCGUUUGACUAGGAGUGCCGCUUUCGUGUGUUCCUGCGCUACGCUAACAACGUAAAAGCUGCUUAUAUUAACGAUUUUUUUUUCUCUCGUCCUUUUCGCGUAACGCUUUGAAAGCUUCGUUGCACAGCUAUUGUUUCACCCAUUGUUAUUAGGGAAUGGGAAUGCUCGGAUCCUUUUCAUAUCAUUCAUGGGGUGGGUUUCCCAUGGUGUACUGCAAUGACGUUAGUUUCAUGCUCAGUUUAAACCGUAUCCAACCGACGAAAUCGAGACAAAAAACAAAAAAAUGUGAAAAUGAAAACAAUAAUAAAUUGCUUUGAGAGAAGAAAAAUAAAUAUUAUACAUACAGAAAACGAGUCGAGGACGGAAGGUAGCGCAGAAUAAGUCGUAGAUGAAAAUGACAACAGAAAUAAUUUCAGAUAAAGUCUUUUGUAAAUAGUUUGGCUUAGGUCUUGAGCUGGGAGACGGUACAAGGAUAGUCAGUUCCAACUGCAACCAGUGGCAUCAGGUGGGAGUGUAUUCCUGCCAACCGUUCGCAGUCUCCUGACAUCGAUAGGAAUAUAAUGGCUGAUGAGUAUUUUUAAGAGGCGAGCUGCUCGCAAUUGCAUUUUAGUAUGUAUCAUUGUUUCUCACGACACGACCGUAGUGGGACUGGCAGAAUCUAAAAUAAGAUUACACUUUUAUUUAAGCUGAAGUGAACGUUUAAAAGUGAAAUAAUUCUUUAGUGCAUAAUGAACUUGUAGAAUGUAAGAUGGAAGAAAUAAUGGAAAAAUAUAUAACUUUAAGAAA